AUGGCAUUCGCGUGGAAAGCCGCCGGUCUCUCCUACAACCGCUACAUCACGGUCGCAUCGCGCGUCGUGCGCCGCUCGCUCAAGGAGGACAAGCGAAUUGCCGCCGAACGACGAGGCGAGACGGAGCUCAGGUUCUCCAAGUGGGAGAACGGCAAGCAGAGCGAGCCGAGGAACUUGAACGAGGCCAACCAAGCUGCCAUUGCGGAGCAUGCGCAGUCAGCGUCCUCUUAG